GAAAAAGAAUCUCUUCAGCAUAGUUUGAGGUACGCUUGACUCUGGUACACAGGAGCAGAGCCUACACGCACCCCACACAAACACACACACACACGCACACGGACAUAUCUCAAAACUCGCAGAUUUCGCACACCAUUACCGAACUCACACCGAAAGAGAGCAACGAACAAAAACCUAGGUCACAAUGGACGCAGAUCGCGCCGCUGUUCGGGUCUUUGACCUCAUCGACUCCAAUCAACUCAACCAGGCGGCGGGCGCCUUAGAGACAGCCGUGAAGAAGUAUCCGCAAGACGACAGCCUUGGCGUCGCCGAGGCGCUGCUAAAGAUGCGCGAGGGCAACUACCCCUUUGCGAAGAAGAGGGCGAUCGAGCUCAGCGCAAAGACGAUCACGAAGCCAAAGGCGGUGAACGCCCUCAUCCACGUCCUGCAGAACUGCUGCUGCUGGGAGGAGCUCGCCGCCACCUACGAGCGCCUGAAGCCGCUGCAAAACGAGCGCCAAAUCAUGGAGAACCUGGUGCAAACCUACGCCCGCAUGGGCGCCUACGCAAAGGUGCAGCAGACGGCGACGCAGCUGUACCGGCAGUACAGCGACCCAAAGUACCAGGUGUGGAUGGUGCAGGGCAUGCUGGCCCAGGUGCCGGCCGACAGCAACGACCACAUGCUGCUCAAGCUCGCCACCAAACUGCUGGAUGCCGCGGUGCUGACAGAGAAGGGCCACAUCGUGCCCUCCACGGUGCAGACGUACGUCGACGUCCUCGCCCAGCAAGGGCAGUACGCGACGGCGAUCGCCUUUCUGUUGAGUGAGCGCGCCGCCAAGAUCGGCCUGCUCGCCACUCGCCUCGAGCAGCUAUCGAGGAUGCUGUGCAAAGUUGGUCGCUUCGCCGCAGCGAACGCGGUGGCGCGUUACCUGUGGACCGCAGAGAGCGACAACUGGACCUCCUUCACGCUCUAUAAAGAAUCGCUCUUGCCCACGGCGGCGAAGGAGGAGGAGGUCGAGGAAGAAGCGAAGACCACCGUGCUGGAGGUGCUCGGCCCAUUGCCGGAGAUGCGCGCCUCGAUUGACUGCCGUACUGCCCACCACUCCCUGGAGGAGGCGGUGAAGCUCGCACGGGAGCUGCAGGUAGCAGAGGAGUCGAAGCACGCGAGCAAGGUGCGUCGUGGCGCUUACCUGGCCGAGCUCGACCUACUGCAUAGCCUGCCGACUGCCAAGGACGAAGUGCACACGAAGGUGAUGGCCUACGUACGCCGCUUCUACCGCAAGCCCAGCUGCUACCUCGACCUCUCCACCUUCCUCACGCCCGCCAUCGCGGCGGAGAUCUACGAGUGGUCACGGACCACCACCACCACCACCGACGAGUCUGUCGAUGAACUGGAGGUGCACACACGACGCCUGCUGGGUCUGCGCUGCUACGUGGCCUCGUGGGAGACGACACCCGCCGCGGCGGAGCUGCACACGCUGUUCGACGAGUGUGUGGAGGCGUACCACAGCAGCCGCAAGCUGUCCGAGGGCCUCGCGUGGAGUGAGGAAGGGCAGUGCGAUGGCUACAUCACCGUCGCGCUGAACACCGCUCUCCGUGGUUUCACGGCGGCAAAGGACGGCGCAUCCGAUUACGCGUACCUCGUGAGGGGCCUCGAUGCCCUGCAGUCCGUGGAUCGGCGCAUGAACAACCCGACGUGGCUCAUCUACGCCGUGUGCUUCGCGAACCUGCUGGGCAUCACCGACUGCGCAGCGCUGCACCAGCUCGCUUUCAAAAACAUCCAGCGGGACACCAUGACGCACAUUGGGUACUGGCCCAUGCUGAGUGGUCUUGCCCUCGAAGAUGUUGGGGAAUGGGAGAGCUGGGCGGAGGACCACUACAGCCGUCAAGAGCGCGACUGCAGCCUGCUGCGGGCCAAGGUGUUCAACUACACCUCAUGGCCCGCGAUGCAGGACGUGCAGCGCUUUGAGGCGGCGCAGACCAACUCCCUCUUCCGCUGGCAGUACCCGGCAAAUGAGCUGGCGGCGGUGCUGACGGAGUGCCAAACGCAGAAGGACGUGGUGGAGUCCUUCGAGACACGCACGGAGGCCUUGUGGCAGGCGUGGGAGAGACUCAGCGGCGCCAACGCGGAAAGCCUCGUGGACAAUACGGAUUGGGUGGUGGCGCGGUCGAUGAUUCUGGGCAAUAUCCACUCCGCCCAGGUGCAGGAACUGACGGAGACCUUGGUGUCGGUGCCCACGCGGGGGUGGCAGCUGCGCCGCAGUCGGCAAAUGCUCGCCUCCGCCUUCCUGUUGCAUGACAUGGUGGCCGUGCACCUUCAUCAGCAGACGGGUCGUCAGAGCGGCAACGCCCGCAAGGGAGGCGGCAAAGGAAAAGGGAACAGCGAAGCAGCGACGACGCCGGCGAGUGCCGCGCCGGUGCUGCUGUGCAAACGCAUGGAAGCGCAAGCUGCCGACGCUGGGCCGGUGGAGUACCUACCCGCCAUCCAGUCGCUUGCGAAGGUGCUGCGCCCCUACGUCGAUUCUCUCGGCGAGGCCACCUCUGAAGUCUCCGCGGAUGCGCUGGAAGAGCUGCGUGCCUAUUUGCAAUCUCUCGUGGCAGACGCAGCGCAGCCGCACAGCGCGGCCGCCUUUGAGGCGUUCCUCUACCCGCAGGCGCACUUCAUCGCCGCGCUGCUGAAGAUGGCCCCAGCGAAAAAAUUGCCGGUGAAAGGGUGGGCAGCGGCGGUGAAGGAGACGCUGGAAGCCGCACAGCACCGCUACGAGGCAGCGACGUGGUCCACGUUGGCCACCACAACCGGACGGACCGCCUCGCCACCCGCUGCUGUGUUGGAGCAGCUGCGUGAAGCGGUGACCGCCGACAGCUUCACGGCGCAGCUGAUGGAAGAGAAGGUGCGUCGCGUGGUGCGGUACGUCUCGGGUUUGAAGGUGGAGCUGAGCGUGUACACUCGUUGA